AUGGCCAGGAAAAAAGCCAUCAACGUCAAAAGAAGCACCAAAGCCACCCACCUACCGGCAAGCACCGAGAAAGACGCCCACGCCGAAGCCCUCUGGCGUCGGGCACGAGCUCUCGAGCUCACCAAAGCCUCCCUCCUCCUCGCCAACGACAAGCUCAUCCUCGACAACAAAGAGCUCACACGCUCCAACAAGGACCUAACCCUGGACAACGACAAGCUCAUCUUCAGCAACGGCAAGCUCACCCUGGACAAUGACAAGCUCACCCUCGACAACAAAGAGCUCACACGCUCCAACAAGAAUCUCCUCCGCUCCAACAAGGAACUCACCCGCAGCAGCGACCUCAUCUCCGUCGAGUCCGCCCAGCGCCGCACCCGCAUCGCCCAGCUCCUCGACGAGCUCGCGACCGCCCGCCGCGCACACGCCGCCGACCGCGCGCGUCUCCUCAAGCGCGCGGGCGUCAUCGCGGGAAAUCUCGGCAAGACGUUGCGGGACAAGCGUGCGCUGCGGGCGCAGCUCGCGCACGACUCGCCAGAGAGCAAGAUUCACCGCGCGGCGGCGCAAGUUGCCUACGAGGUGUUUGAGAACCGCAAACACAGGAACUUGCUGCUGCAUAUAUUGAAGCGCUGCCGCAGGGCGUAUACGGGGUCGGAUGGACCUCCGCCGCCGCGGCCGCCGUCGCCGGAGCCAGACACUGCCGUUGCUGAUCCUGUCGGUGGUGAUGAUGAUGAUGAUGAUGAUGAUGAUGAUGAUGAUGACGAUGAUGAUGAUGAUGAUGAUGAUGAUGAUGACUGCGAGUGGGAUCCCUUUAUCGCCGCGGAGCAGCAGAAAGUGUGCACGCCGACGCGACCGUCGAAGGCGACGCUCAUUACGCCCGUGUCGAUUCCUUCCAGGCCUGUGAGUCUGACCGACAGUGAUGAAUUUGUUCUUCACACGCCAACUCGCCGCGAGGGGCUGCGGCCAAGAAAAUCCUUUGUUUACAAAAUUUCCAGUCAGUGGUAG